CUUCUACUGAGGCUUCAGAGGCUGUCGGAUUGUUACUCGUCGAGCCAGACCAUAUCCAGGAACUGUGGGAAGGAGAACUGGCACUUAAAAAGGACUUGAAGUUCUCCAACCCUGCGGCAAAACGAAAAACAUCAUGUUGGCGGGCAUGUAAUUUCACACAUUUUUGGACGCAUCAUCCAACUUGCUUUUCUCGCCGUAAUUUAAUACGAGUGUAAGUACUGUAUAUUAGGUUGCAGCAACUUCAUACGUUGUUGAAAUAUUGAAGCAUUUGUGAAACGAGCUGAAAAUAACAAAAAUGACCUCCAAAGAAGACGCAAAAGGCGCCUCGGUUGAGGAUAGAAGGCGCAGUCCACUGGAUCAUCUCCCUCCUCCCGCGAACUCAAACAAGCCUCUCACGCCUUUCAGCAUUGAGGACAUAUUAAACAAACCUUCUGUCAAACGUAGUUACUCAAUUUGCGGCACGACGCAUCUCCUCUCGUCCGGUGAGAAGCACAGCUCAUCGAGUCACCCUUUAUCCAACCGUGCGCUGCUCACGCAGACCUCUCCACUAUGCGCACUGGAGGAAUUAGCCAGCAAAACCUUCAAAGGUCUAGAAGUCAGUGUUCUGCAGGCCGCGGAAGGAAGAGACGGCAUGACACUGUUUGGUCAGAGGAAUACUCCUAAGAAGCGAAGAAAGUCGAGAACAGCCUUCACUAAUCAUCAGAUUUAUGAGCUGGAGAAGAGAUUUCUCUAUCAGAAAUAUUUAUCUCCCGCUGAUCGGGAUCAAAUAGCGCAGCAACUGGGGUUAACAAACGCCCAGGUCAUCACCUGGUUCCAGAACCGCCGAGCCAAACUUAAGCGCGACCUGGAGGAGAUGAAAGCAGACGUGGAGUCCGCUAAAGCACUGGGCUCUGUACCCUUUGAGAAAAUCGCCAAAUUAGCAGACCUGGAAAAAUGCGCUAAUGGCACUGCUGGAGCUCCAGUGCCCGAGUCCCCAACGCUGUCUAGUCACGAGCGAGAGGGCUCCAACAAACUGCCAACGUCACCCUCGUCACCAUUUACAGACCACACGACGAGCAAAGAGUGCUCAGAGGACGAAGACGAGGAAAUUGACGUCGAUGACUGAUGCUCAUGAGCAAGAUCAGAAUCUGAAAUCCUCUUCCUUAAAACGCCAGAGUUCAAAGUGCCAUUAAUGCACCAAAUGUAUUUAAAUGACUUCUGAAGAAAAAAUCUAAACAAGCAUGGACACUUCCCUCAGAUUUAUUUAUGCAGCGACUGCUAUCUAAAUGUCGCAACCAUUUAGUCUAUUUAUUUAAAGCAAACUGGUAGUUGAAGGAAAGCAAUAAGUAUUUGACAUCCUCCCUCUCUCUCUCUCUCUCUCUCUCUCUCUCUCUCUCUCUCUCUCACACACACACACACACUCGCAUUGCAAAGAAGACUGCCCAUUUAGGCCAUAUAGAAACAUUACAGUGUUUUGAGUAAUUAAUAAUGCAUGUUAUUUUAUUUUACCGUUUUAUUUUUAAUAAAUUACUGCAGAUAUGAAUAUCUCCAAAACGUUCAUAGGCUAUAAAAUUCGCACGUGUAGGACGUGUGUAUCAGUGUAAUGCGUAUAUAGGACUGUAACACCUUCACCGUUUGAUACAUUUUGUUAUAAAACAUUUCAUAUAAAAUUUAUUGCGUGGGGGAAAAUUACGUUGACUCUGGUUAAAUCUAGGCGAUCACAUUUUAAAUAUAUUUCUUAUGGUUUGUAUGCCUGUAAGUGCCUUUUAAACCAAGACACCAUUUAA